GUCGUAAGUGGUGAGGCUGUGAAACGAAAUCGUUCAGAUACGGAUCCCCUUCACAUAGUUGGUGAUUUUGAUGCCAAGCACGACUACCCGUUACCGUCGGCGGUUUUACUUCGUCGGCGUUUUUCAUCACAGCGCCAGAAUAAUCUGUCCACAUCAAGUAGUGGUACCACUGGGACAGGCUGUCUCAACACCACAUGCUCUUCGACGGAUUCCUCACUCGAUACAUCUAAUUUCUCCGCUGAUUACGUGAGGUCGGCUUUGUCCAUAGAUACUCCAAGAAAGAGCAGUAUGGCAGGUGUGACAGCUGCAUCAUCGCUUCCUCGGUUUUCGGUGACUUGUGAGCCGGACAUGACUGGAGGUAUCUCGUCCGAGAAAAAGGAGUUAUCACCAGUGGAUGAGUCACGAUCGGUUUCAUCUCAUGUCGUUUUGCGCAAUUCCGAUCGAAAUGAAGGAUCAGUGUGUGAGUCGGAGCGUGUUCUGCAGCUUGAAAUCCCGAAGCAUUCCUCACCGUUGCUCGUUCAGCAGUCUCCCGGUGGUUCGGUUUCGAGUGCAUCAUCAGCUGAUGGCGCAUCUUCAAAUUCAGUGAUGAAUCCGGCUCAGAUUACCGACCAAAACUUCCUGAAAGCGCCGUUGAUUAUCAAGUGGGCUUCAAAUGCUGGGCUUUCUUCUUGGCUUUGA